GUUUUAAACAAAUACAAAAAUCCCAUAAGUGAAAAAUAUAACACGAAAAAAUUAUGCAUUAUGUAUUUAAUUCCAACAAAAGAUUCAAUGAUUUUAAUUAAACUUAAACAGAAUAAACAAAAAAAGGAAAAGUCUCACUAACACACUAAUCACAGUAGAAAUAAACGAAAAAAAAUAACAGUCAGUUUUACAAAUAAACACUCUGAACAAGCUAUUCGAUACAAAGACGGAAGGAUAUAAAAUGAAGGAAGUUGGAAAAAUAUAAAAUGGCAGCAACAGCAGCUACAAAUAUACGUGCAAAUGUUAAAACAUACAACAGCUAUAACGGAAACAGCUCAAAAUGAGCAUAAUAAACGAUAAUGAAUUUUCAAAUAGCGGAAUAUGAUGAUAAUAAUGAUUUUUUUAACUACAAAACUAAAAGCUGUAAUGUAAAAGCAACAACAAAAUGCUACUAAAAACCUGACAAAUAUUCAAAGUGAAUGCUUUUGUUUUUUUAAAUUGACAGGGGAUACUAAAACCAACAACUUAAAAUAAAUUUAAUAACCAAUGUAUAGUAAAAACCAUAUAGACGACUAUUAUUAUAAAACUUUGGAAAAAACACACAUAAAACAUUACAUACAUACACAACGACAAUCGACAAUUUCUGUUAUUUUUUUGGUUUUAAUGAUUAAACAUUAUGGGCAGUUAUGCCUGGAAACGUGUUGUAAUAAAUAACCCGAAAACCAUUAUCACCGUCAUUUUUAAAUGUAACAGCCAACUUAAAAUCAGCAACACAACCAAUAGCCCCCAUCAUAAACACAUUUGUAAACAGCCAUAAACACAAUUUAACAGCAAACACAUAAAAAGCAAAAAAAAGAGCAGAAAAAAUCUACAGAAUAUAUAGAAACAUUGUGCAACUAUUUACAACCUAAAUCAGUUAGUAGUACAAAAAAUCAUAUGUACGUAUGUAUGUAUUAUAUCCUUUCAUUCGACACAUUUGUCAUCAUUAAAAACACACUACGAUUUUCGAGUGUAUGAUUAAGUAGCAAGUGGUGAGAGAGAAAGUAAGAAGUGUAGAGGCGAUGUCGUUACAAUUUGAAACGCCUACAUCUAGCAAUACACUGUCAAAGUCAAUAGCGUCUACAACAAUACGAACAUUAAAAGGUUUUAGCACUGCCAAACUACAACAACAGCAUUCAAGCCAACAUAUAAACUCUCAACAGCAACAACAACAACAAAAUGAAGAUUUAUACGCAGCUUUUAAUACAGAAAACGUUAAUACAGCUGCAACCACCUUAGUAGAGUCAACAAAAUUUCCCUCAACUUUAAUAACAUCACCUGCAAUACAUAAUAUUUUAACAAAUGCUGCCAAUGAAGCUUCAUCAGUAUCAACAUCAUCGCCAUCUUCGUCGUCAUCGUCAACCACUUCGUCUUCAUUAUUAUUAACAGCAACAACUUCAACUACAAUAACAACAGCAGCAACAGCAACAACAAAUGCAUCAUUAUCAUUAACAACAUCUCUAACAUUUUUACCUUCAACAGCAUCUUCAUCUUCGACUUCAACGUCAAAUGUCAAUGUCAACGAUUCCUUUAAAACUGUAACAUCCGCUUUAACAACAUCUUUAUUCAAAGAUAAUGGUGCUACUGGUGCUGCUGUUGACGACAAUACCGCCAAUGCCUUAGAUAAUUAUGUCUUUGCCUCAUCAACUCCCUAUAGUAGUUAUUUAAUACCAAAUUCUACCAGUAGCCUUAGUGCAUUCGCUUUUAAUUCAACUCAUAUUGAUGACAGCAACUACAUUAAUAGCACAUUGCCGACACUAACAACAGUUAUAGCUGAGCAGGACGAAGACAAUUGGAUAACUUUGGCUGUCAUCAUUUUGAAAGGCUUUAUAUUUUUCUCAAUUAUUUUAGCUGCUGUUCUUGGCAAUGCUUUGGUUAUUAUAUCAGUGCAACGUAAUCGAAAAUUACGAGUAAUAACAAAUUAUUUUGUUGUAUCAUUGGCCAUGGCAGACAUGUUGGUUGCACUUUGUGCGAUGACAUUUAAUGCGUCGGUAGAGCUGUCCGGUGGCAAGUGGAUGUUCGGACCAUUCAUGUGUAAUGUUUACAAUAGUUUGGAUGUUUAUUUUUCAACAGCGAGCAUUUUGCAUUUAUGUUGUAUCUCUGUGGACAGAUAUUAUGCUAUAGUACGUCCUCUGGAAUAUCCUUUAAAUAUGACACAUAAAACGGUUUGUUUCAUGUUAGCCAAUGUUUGGAUACUGCCUGCACUUAUAUCCUUUACGCCUAUAUUUUUGGGUUGGUAUACAACUGAUGAACACUUAAAAGAAAUAAGCCUGCAUCCCGACCAAUGUUCCUUUGUGGUUAAUAAGGCAUAUGCACUCAUUUCCAGUUCUGUUAGUUUUUGGAUACCGGGUAUUGUGAUGUUGGUUAUGUAUUUUAGAAUUUAUAAAGAGGCGGUUAGACAACGGAAAGCAUUGAGUCGCACUAGUUCUAAUAUUUUACUAAAUAGUGUACAUAUGGGUCAUACUCAACAGCCGACAAAUUUAAAUUAUUUACAUCCCAGUGACUGCGAAUUUACUCUAACGAGAGAAGAAACCCAUAGUGCGAUUAGUAAUCUCGAGGAUAUUUUACCACAAACAGAUGAUGAUGACAAAGAUGAGUGCGAUGAGUUGCGUGUUCCUUCACCACCACCCCGUAGACUGAGUCGGAGUAGUAUUGAUUUACGUGACCUCGAACAGGAACGCUACGAAAAAGUUACACACACAGAUAGUGCGCCCUCAAUGAUAGCGUUACAUUAUGCCACACAGCAACAAUUACAAGUGCCAUGCAACAAAGAUGCAGCAGCAUUUAAUCAAGAGCAGCAGCAAAUUUGGCAUGAUACCUUAAAUGAUUUGCAGCAGCCAAUAGAGAUUACGGUUCCUAUAACAAAAACAACUCAUCAACAGAGACAACAUACAUCAUCAAUGAGUAGUAAUUCACCUCCAGCGUUAAAUAAACAGGGCAUUCAACUGCAGAAACAAUUUAGUACUAGUAAAAAUGGUUGUGAUUCAGAACAAUACCAAAUAUUUGGUGGCAAUAAUAGUGAUGAUAGUGAAACCAACGAUUACUACGAUAGUAUCAAUAUAAUGAAGCAAGCACCUACCACUUGUCUUCCCAUAGCUGAGGAUAAUAAGGAGCUGAAACGUCUGAUAGAAGACAAUUAUUUGUAUUUUAAGAAACAAACGGCUGGGGGAGAAAAAAUUGGGGAGGGUGAUAAAUACAGCAGAAAUCAAAGCGGAGGUAGGUGUCCUGCUUUAAGUGAGACCGACUUUAUACGUAUGAAAAAUGGCGAAAAUCGCUACCGCUGCAGUAAGGACACAAGUAAAAAGUCAUUCGCUCUUAGUGAUUCGGAGUUCUUGAAAAGUUUUAAUGAGAGCAAAAGUAAGAAGAAGCAAUUGGAAGCCUUAAAAGAAGGUACCAUUGCCACAAUCCCUACUAGUACAAGGGAAGAUAGUAAAGGAGGUUUUAACCUUAAGUCUCUAUUAGCUAAAACUAAACGUUCUAGCACGGAAUGUUUUUCACUGGAAAAGAAAAGGCAUCAGGCUAAUUCAGAGGAAAUACAAUCCAGUAGAGCUCUGUUGUUCAAACGUUCCCGCAAUCGUAAACUUUCACACAGUUACAAUGGUGGCCUAAGAGAAAGACAGAAAUAUGAAAUACGUUCUCGUCAACAUAGUGAUACCGAUUCAGAUGUUUAUUUACCCCGCCUGUUUAGCGAAAGCCAAGAUUCCUCUAGUCGCUAUAAUACACCCGAUAUUUUGCUAGAUAUUAAUAUACUAAAUGAGCAAUCUGAAGAUGGCAGAAGAGAAGAGGAGGAUCAAAUGUCCAUGAGGUCACCAAAGCAUACUAAUACCUAUAUACAAUUAAUAGAUUUGGGGGCAAAUACUAUACAGGAAGUGGGACCAGAUGAUUUGUCUUUUUUGAGAGAUAUAAAUCAAGAUUCUCCUCAAAUACCUAAUACUCCACCACCCUCUUUGUCACCCACUUCUCUUAUAGAUUCUUCGAUACCCGAGCAAUUAAAAACAGAAACUUUAAAUUCUAUAAACGAAAAAUCCAAUGUCUCCGUCAAGUCCAGCUCUGAAUUGGCGGAACUGUUUCGAUCUUUAAGCUUUCCCUCGACAGAACAAUCUUUUCAAUCUCCUGUACAUCAAUCCGAAAUAAUGAGCCGUAUUAAAGCCAAAGAAUCAUUUAAAAUCGUUAAAAAGGAGUCAAUAAAACAACGCAUGAGUACGCUGAGCGAUCAAGUGUUAGUCAAUAAGAAUAGUUCAAAUUUUUUAAUGUCUCCUCCCAUGACACCAAAUUUUAACUCAGUCAUUCAACUGCCCACUAGCAAGUCACCAAAUUUAAUAUUAACCGGUAAUAGUAGCAGUUUUGGGGGAGGUGGUGCGGGAACUCCCAGCAAUAGCAUAAAUGUUUACUUCCUUUCGCCACCACCAACAGCCACUGCACCCGUAUUUCCUCUUAACUCGCCCAACAAUCAGUUUUUUGUUAGUGAUACUUCCACCGUAUCAAUGGAUAUGUUUGCGACCCUGGCCGUGCCCUCACAACAAAUAAACAACACAGGAACAGGAACUCAGACAACACCACCAUCAACACUGCAACCUAUCUCACAGAAAACAAAUAUUUCACCGAAACCGGAAAUUAUUUUGGAUUCCACUCUCUCACCGACUUCUAUGCGUAGCGGCUGUGGCGCUGGCAGUGGUGGAUCUUUAGCGGGAGAAGAGAAAGACUUAACAUCGCCGUUGUUCAAACGCCAUGACACAGAACCGGAAUCUGCAAUUACCAACAGCCAACGAAGUGGCAAACGCAGUUCUCUUCUCACUGGCUACGAGGGCAUACAAACAGUGCGAAAACGGCAGGCUUCUGUUGUUACGUAUGAUGUUAAUGUCAUAAAUUUUUCACAAGACAACAGUGAUAGUCGCAGCUAUAUACCAAUGGGACGAGUUUCAACAAGUUCAGCCAAAUAUGAAGCAGAUUACUGUAGUAAAUCGUCGCUUAAACGUCGUGGUGGUAUUUGUAUAUUUGUCGAUGAAGAAGAAAUUGAACAAAUGAUUGAUCCAACAAUGACCACCGCCCAACAGCAACAACAACUACAACAGCAUGGCACAAAAAGUAUAACUUUUAAUGUCAAUUCAUCGUUUAAACGUAAAUCGAGAGGUGGUAACAAAUCUAACAAGUGUCUUUAUUGUGGUUCAGAUCUAAAAGCACAAAAGCAACAACAACAAACCUCCUUAAAAACGGAAAAUCUAAAUAGCAAAAAACAUAAUAAUAAAGAUAAAGAUAAUAACAAUAGCAGACAUGACAUCAAGCAAAUGCGUAAGAAACGUAAUUUAAGUUUAUGGCAUAAAACACGUUAUUGGUACUAUAAAAACCGGAAACAACCCUAUAAUGGAUGCCAAUGUGGGGCCAACGGUGGUUCAGUAAGACCAACAAAAGGUUGGAAAGCGGAACAUAAAGCUGCACGUACUUUGGGAAUUAUAAUGGGCGUAUUCCUAUUAUGUUGGUUGCCAUUUUUUCUAUGGUACGUGAUAACAUCACUAUGUGGUCCUGCAUGUCCUUGUCCGGACGUUGUCGUAGCUGUACUCUUUUGGAUUGGUUAUUUUAAUUCAACACUCAAUCCACUCAUUUAUGCUUAUUUUAAUCGUGAUUUUCGAGAAGCAUUUCGUAAUACCUUAGAAUGUGUUUUACCAUGUUUGGAGAAACGUAAUCCCUAUAAUGCUUAUUAUGUGUAGCAUAUACAACAUUCAACAAUAACCUCCUCGUCAGCGGUGGCAACAACAGUGUACUAAGUAAAAACAAAAUAAAAACAUAUAAUACAGUAGGCGAGCCAUAAUAUUACUACCGAAAAAAAAUUGUUAAGCGAGAUAUUUUGAUGUUAAGUACAGUAUUAAAUAUAUAUGCAAUAAAUACUACCAUUACUUGUACACUUUCAGUAUACACUAACACAUUUAUUAGGUAUGUUUGUGAUUUUGUAUGUAUGUUUGAAUGUGAGAAAGAGUGCGUAUGUACGUUUUAGUUUUUUUAAGUACAUCGUAGUAAAGUAAGAGUAAACUAAAACUAUUUAUGUGAUAAACCAGAAGAAAAAACAAGAAAAUUUUAAAGAAAACAACAUUUUAUUUUUAUAUUAUGUUAAGUGUUUUAAACAAAAAACAAAACCAAAGAACUGCUCUUAAGGGGAUAUUUAGUAAGUGUUCUACUUUGAACGUUUAUUUUGAAGCACAGUGGGUUUUAAAUGAAAUUAUAGUAAAUUUAAACUGUCCUUUAUAUCAAUAGAAUUAUCAGUUAUUAUCAACAUAUUUUGGAUUCCUUAUAAAUUGAACUGUUGUGAUAGCAUUCCACAACAACUAACACUAGUAUCAAUACGCGAUUGUUCAAAUGUUAUUUUCAUAUAAAAUCUCAUAGAAAACUAAUAUGUAUUAUUAUGAAAUAUUGAAAAAAAAAUCACUUUUUGCAAAUUAAAAUUUUUCUUAAAUUUUUUUCUUUUCUACUAAAGUUUCAUAUUUACCAAAGUCUCAAAAACUUCGUUAUUCUAUUUUUGUUUAAGUCAUUUCAAAUUGAUUGUACUAUUAAAAAUAAAACAUAUAUUUCGUCUAAAGUUUGUUAUAUACUCUUUAAAGAAACAUAAGCAGCAUUUUUCAUUUCUCUGGUUAUUUGACUUACUGCAACAGCAAUAUCAAAAAUUAUUUUUAGAAAUAAUAGUUUAUCUUACAGCUUUGUAUCAAGAAAAAAGAUAGAUAGAUAGCCAAAACAGAUGUUAAGCAAUAAAAGUCUUCCUAACAUUUACAAUUACUAAAUACUACUACAUAUUAAUAUUUUUGAUGAAAGCAAAAUGACUGGUAUACUAGUAGUCCAUAGUCUUAGAAAAAGUUGCCAAAAAUUUAAAUAAAAGUAAAUAAAAAAUCCAAUUUAGAUCUCUCGGAAUCUGGUUGAAUUUUACUUGAUUUACUUUUAUACAAAGUUAGUUAUAAAAUAUAAAAAUAUCAUAUUGAAUAUACUAUUUCUAAAUUAAUGAACAGUCUAUUGAUUAGUCUAAAGCUUAGGCUGCUGACUAGUCCAUUGGACUAGUAUUAGAAAUAUGUUAAAUUAAACAGAUCCACUGAUUACUAAAGACCUUGUUCAUAAACAAAAUUUUUUUAUAAGCGAUUUAUAAAUCAAAUCUCGUAUGGAAAUUAAAUAAUAAACAUUUUAUAAAAUAAUAUGUUGUUUGUGAAUGAGAGGGUAAAUCUCUAGUCUAUGGACAAUUGACAUUACUGAAAAGGCUAUAAUAUUAUAUGUAAUAGUCCAUCUCUAUGUGCUUAAAGCAAAAAUAAUGUUUAUGUUCUAGUGCUCACUGUUUCAAAGAAAAUUCCUUAAUACAAGAGAACUUUUUCCUAACUUUACCCACUGUGCUUUAACCAUUUAAUUUAAUCUACCCUAAACAAUCAACCAUACAUAGUAAUCUUAAUAACAAACUGCAACAAAUACAUACAUAUACAUAUGUACAUACAUAUGUAUGUUAUUUAGUAUUUUAAAGCAAUAAUAUUUUUUCUUUAUAGUUUUUUAAGUUCUUUUCUUAAUAGCAGUAUGAGUAAAAUUUUAUUUCAAAUACAAUACUAUCUAGCUAGUUUGUUUUUAUGUAUAAAUUAAAUUUUUACAAGCUUUUGCAACACCUGUUACAUUUAAACAUGAAAAAAGUUAAAAAAAAUAUAUAUUUUGUUUGUAAAUAAAAAAUAGUAGUAUAGUAAAAAUAAUAGCAAUUAAAUAUUGAUGUAAUAUAUUUUACUCCAAAAGGCUUAAAAACUAUAUAUUAUAUAAAAUAGUAAUAUAGAUUAAGAAAAACACUAAAAAGCUGAAAUAUUAGUUAAAUUCCAACAUAAAUAUAUAUUUAAGUAAAUAGUUAAAAUAAAAAAUAACACAUAGUGUUCUUGUAAAUGUCUCUGGUUUAUAAGCAAUAUUUGACGUAUACGUAUUGUAUGUAUCAUGUAUUUAUAAGUAUGAUUUUAUUUUAUAGCAAAAAUUUUGGAAAAACAAAAAAACCUACUUUGCUGAGGAUUUUUUAAAUUAUUUAAAAAUUUCUUCUUUUAAUAUGUUAAAUACUUAAUUUGUCAUAAUUACGGACUCUAAGCUUUUGUUUAAACUUUAUUUGGAAGAGUUGUAUACGUAAGGUAUUCUGAAUGUAUAAUCGACACCAAAAUACAUUUUAGUAUUUAUUUUUGGAUUCAUGAGUUGGCCAAUUAAUAAUCUGAUUAGUUAAUGAAUGUAAUUUAACGUUAAUCCCCUUUAAUGUUUUCAAGUAUAAAUUUAAACAUCAUAGUUGCCAUACAAAAAACAGAGGACAUCAGUCACUGUUUGCUAUUAAAUGCAAUGCAUGUUUUAUAAAAAAGAGCUGACAAUUAAAGCCGAUUGAGAGCCUUUUAUAAAUGACUAUGAGAUAGCUACUGAGAACUAACAUUAAAAAUUAAGGUACUAAAAUGCUAAAAUUCCCAUAUACAAUAGAUUUUUUCGUCAUAAUUAUGAUGAGACUGGGUAUACUUUAAACUUUGGUUACCACUAGAGAAUUAGGUAAGUACUACGAUCACCAACAAAUAAAAUUACAUAGACUUAUAUUAACGCAAAUACUUACUUUUCAAUGUCUAUUACAUACCAAAUUCAGUACUUAGAAGGAGUUUAGUAAUUACUUACAAAUAACUACAUUUGUAAGUACUAAAUUUUUAGACUUGACAUUUUAUAGCAGUAGGCAAGUUUUGACAAAAACUCUAAGUACUGCAUUCGGUAUGUAAAUUAAGUUUUUGAGUUAAUUCAAGUCUAAGGAUUUUUUUAAACAAAGUGCUACAUUUCUUGAAAUGAAGAUCAAGUGAAAAAGAAGUAGAAUUUAGUCUAUGGAAGUACUUCUGAAGUUAUUUUCAAGAAGUUUGUGAGACUAUUUUCUUAAUAUUUUUUAUUACCUUUUUGAAUAACAUAGAGAGUCUUCCAUCUAUCAGGACUCACAAAUGUUGAAAGAAUAAAUUACGAAACUUUUCCGGCCUUUUCCUAAAGUCAUAAAAAUAAAAUAAAUAAAACAAUCUAAAUACUUUAGAAUUUAACAAUAAUUGUUGUCAAACAUUUAAAGUGACUUUUACUUCUCUCUACAGACGAAUUAUAAGUGUAUUACUAUGGUUUUAGAGUACUUGCUAAAUUAGUCAAAAUUUUUGUAUUUAAAUUACAUACAUAUGUAUGUAUUUGUGUAAUUCAUUAAAGAAUUCACGUUUAAUUUCCGUUGUAUGUCAACUAAAUUCUAAAAAACUUUUAAUGGUUGAUUUUUUUAAUUUCCUUUUGAUUCAUAAAUUCCAAUUAGUAUGUAACUUUUAAACUAUAUAAAAAAUAUGUAGUUAAACUAACUGCUUAAUAAGAACUAGCAUUUUAUUUUAAUUUAAAUAAGAAUAUUUAAAAACGGCAAAACAUACGCUUACAAAAUUAACAUGAUUUUUAACAUCAUUUUAUAACAACUUUCUGAUUAAAAUGUUCCCAGGAUGUUUUUGCAAUAAAAUAAUGUUUGUUUUUUAAAAAAUUUAUGAUUCUAUAAAUAAUUCAAGAAUAAUCAAAGAAUAAAUUUAGUGCUAUAUUAAACAUUUUAGAAAAAUUUAAAAACUUAUUAAAAAAUUUAAAAAAAUGUUUUUUUUUACAAAAGCGUAUAUAAGUAGGAACAUUGUAUGUAAUGUGUUUUUUUAAUUAAGUAUUAUAAAAGGAAAAAGUAAUAAAAACAAAACUUGGUUGCAUAAAUGAUCUAUGAAAGUAUCAUUAGUUUUAAAUUGAUGUCUAAAUAUUAUAGAUAUUAACGGAAAUGUCUUUUUUAAACUAUAAUAAUUUAAAUUUGCAUCGAAAUUACAAAUUAAAUAUUAAACAAAUUGAUAGUAUAUGCAAAUAAACAACAAAUACAUAUAUUACAUUAUAAAUAAGUACAAGUUGAUAAAUUAGAAUAUUAAAAAUUGAAAAUUCUUAUAAUGAAUUAAAAAGAAAAUACUAAAAAUUAAAAAAAUAAAAAUAAAAAAUAAAUUAAACAAGAAAAAAUAUAUGUGAAUUUUAUGUAUAAAUGUUGGUGUUUAACUUAGACAGAAAAUAAAAUUAAAUGAAGGAAAUUGUAGUUGGUAAUAAGAAAAAUUAUUGAAUAAAAAAAGCUGCAAAAGUGCAAUGAAUGUAUAUUAAUGAUUUAAGCAAAAGUAUAUUCAAAAAAUAUUCAUACAAAAUUGCAGCAAUUGACAAUCUUUACAGCUAAAGAAAAUUAAAAUUUUAACAGAAAUUAAAACUAAGAAAAUUGGAAAUUUUAGUUUUUUAAGUUUAGUUUAAUUUUAAAAUUUUUCCAUGUGAAAGAAAAAUUAACAAAAGAAUGGAAUUGUUGUUUAUGUUUGU